CGAGGGCGCGGCCGCCUGGACCCGCCAAGCGCCCAGCGCGGAGCAGACAUGACCUCGCGCAGGUGGUUUCACCCCAACAUGAGCGGAGCUGAGGCCGAGAAGCUUCUCCUGUCCAGGGGCCAGCAUGGGAGCUUCCUGGCAAGACCCAGCAAGAGCUGCCCAGGGGGCUUCACACUGUCUGUCAGGCGCCACGAUGAGGUGACCCACAUCAAGAUCCAAAACACGGGCGACUACUAUGAUCUCUACGGAGGGGAGAAGUUCGCGACGCUAGCCGAGCUGGUACAGCACUAUGCAGGCCAGCAUGGGGGGCUGCUCCGUGAGCGCAGCGGGGCCCCCGUUGAGCUCCGGCACCCGCUGGGCUGCCAGGACCCCGUAUCUGAGCGGUGGUACCAUGGACACCUGUCUGGCAAGGAGGCCGAGCAGCUGCUGAUGGAACAAGGACGUCCGGGUACCUUCCUGGUGCGGGAGAGUCAGAGCAAACCGGGGGACUUGGUGGUGUCUGUGCUCACACAGCAGCCAGACAAGGCUGACCGCCGGCCACGGGUCACACACGUCAUGAUCCACUUCCAGCCAGAUGGAAAGUAUGACGUGGGAGGUGGGGAGCAGUUCGACACCCUCACAGACCUGGUGGAGCACUACAAGAAGAACCCCAUGGUGGAGAAGUCAGGGACUGUGGUGCAUCUCAAGCAGCCCCUCAAGGCCACGAGGAUCAAUGCCGCAAGCAUCGAGAGCCGAGUACAAGAGCUCAGCGGGGCCACUGAAGCCAGCGAGAAGGCCAAGCAAGGCUUCUGGGAAGAAUUCGAGAUGCUGCAGCAGCAGGAAUGUCGGCUCCUGUAUCCACGGAAGGAGGGGCAGCGGUUGGAGAACAAGCCCAAGAAUCGCUACAAGAACAUCCUUCCCUUUGAUACCACUCGUGUCACUCUGCAUGAUGUGGACGACAGUGUCCCUGGCGCCAACUACAUCAACGCCAACUAUAUCAGGAGUGAUCCAGAGGAGAAGCCAGGUCAUGGACUGGGCAAGGCGUACAUCGCCACCCAGGGCUGUCUGCAAACCACAGUAGCUGCCUUCUGGGCGAUGGUCCUCCAGGAGAACACACGGGUCAUUGUCAUGGCCACGAGAGAGGUGGAGCGAGGCCGGAACAAAUGUUUCCGGUACUGGCCAGAGCUGCAUGGCAGCCAAGAAUAUGGCCGUGUACAUAUCUGCAACUUGGCUGAGUACCAGGCCCAGGGCUACUGUGUGCGGGAACUGCAGGUGUGGCGGCCAGAUCAGGAGGAGCCACCGCGCACAGUGAAGCACUACCAGUACUUCAGCUGGCCGGACCACGGGGUCCCGGCCGAGCCCUCCGGCGUCCUCGGCUUCCUGGACGAGGUGAACAGGGCCCAGAGCAGCACGCCGGGGGCCGGACCCAUGGUGGUGCACUGCAGGCCUCCUGGUCGGUCCCCACAGCGCCGGCAUCGGACGCACAGGCACGAUCAUCGUGAUUGACAUCCUGGUGGACCUCA